GUAAAAUCGAAGACGCCUACACUGAUACUACUUCCGCUUCUCCUGAAAAUACAUAGAUUUGUCUUUAAAAUGGUUGGUGUGUAAUUUCAUAUACAGAUGUCAAGCGCAAUUGUGUGAACGUGCGCGUGACGUCCCCCGACUGUCAUGCGCAGAGCUGUGUCCAUGUGCCUCAUGCUUUUAGGUCUUGAUUUGGAGUGAAUGAGAAGACUAAACGUUGUUUGACAAGUUUUUGAAACUCAGCAGGAUUUGAUCACAAAGUUCUGAGAUGGAGAAGAUGACCAAGGUGAGCACCAUCAAUGGCCGUACCAUGUUUUGCCACCUGGAUGCUCCAGCCAACGCCAUCAGCGUGUGCCGAGAUGCCACUCAGGUGGUGGUUGCAGGCCGCAAUAUUUUCAAGAUAUACGGUUUGGAGGAAGAUGGUUUUGUGGAGCGUUUGAACCUGCGGGUGGGCAGGAAACCCUCGCUCAACUUCAGCUGCGCGGACGUCAUGUGGCAUCAGAUGGAGGAGAAUCUGCUGGCUACUGCUGCUACUAAUGGAGCUGUGGUCACCUGGAACCUGGCGCGGCCGUGCCGUAACAAACAAGAGCAACUGUUUACAGAACACAAGCGCACUGUGAAUAAAGUCUGUUUUCACCCAACGGAGGUUCACAUGCUGCUGUCUGGCUCUCAGGAUGGAUUCAUGAAGUGUUUCGACCUGAGGAAGAAGGAAAGCGUCAGCACAUUUUCAGGUCAGUCUGAGAGCGUCCGAGACGUGCAGUUCAGUAUGAAGGAUUAUUUCACCUUCGCCGCCUCCUUCGAGAAUGGAAACGUGCAGCUGUGGGACAUCCGGAGACCCGACCGGUACGAGAGAAUGUUCACGGCACACACGGGACCCGUGUUCUGCUGCGACUGGCACCCAGAGGACAGAGGCUGGCUUGCGACUGGUGGCCGUGACAAAAUGGUGAAAGUCUGGGACAUGUCGACCAAUCGUGUAAAGGAAAUCUACUGCGUUCAGACCAUUGCUUCAGUGGCCAGGGUAAAGUGGCGUCCCGAACGGCGUUAUCACCUGGCCACCUGCUCCAUGAUGGUGGAUCACAACAUCUACGUGUGGGACAUCCGCCGACCGUUUAUUCCCUUCGCUACGUUUGAGGAGCACAAAGACGUGACCACGGGAAUCGUGUGGAGGCACCAGCACGACCCCUAUUACCUGCUGUCGGGGUCAAAGGACAGCACUCUUUACCAGCACAUGUUCAAAGACGCCAGCAGGCCCGUGGAUCGGGCCAACCCGGAGGGACUCUGUUUCGGCCUGUUCGGUGACCUGGCGUUCGCUGCUAAAGAAAGUCUGAUGACGGCUCCUUCAUCUGUAGGUGAAGUGGGGCGUAAAACAUACCCAGGCGGAGAUCGGCGGUACCCCAUCUUCUUCUUCAAGAAGCCGGAUGUGACGGAGCAGUUUGCGCAGGUCUCCAGCGCUCUCAGUGUGUUUGAGAGCGAGGCGGGCAGUACUAUCGGGAUGAACUGGUUUAUUAAGACGGCACAGAGUUACCUGCUGAGCGGAAAACCCUUCGCUGAACUCUGCGAGCACAACGCUCAAGUCGCCAAGAGACUCAACAGACCUCAGGAAUCGACCACGUGGACCAUGCUGCGAAUCAUGUUCUCGGAGCCCGCCAAUCCAUCCAUGUCAACUAAUCACAAUCUGAAUAAAUCAGGGAACCUCCCACUCGUCAACAGCUUCAGUAUGAAAGAGAUGAGCGCUGCUUUGAAUGAAAGAAACAAGGAAAACAGACAAGACAACAUGCACAACCUUGAGUCCAACCACAACAAUAAUGACGAAAACGAAGAGACCGAGGGCAGCGAGGGUCAGGCCGAGUAUCUGUUUGGAGACGCUGAACUGGAUGACGAUGACCUCUACAGCAUGGAACACGAAAACCCGGCAGCAGAGGAACCGGAGUACCUUCUCCCUCAGGAGGCGUUCCCGAUACGCCAUGAGAUCAUGGACCACCCUUCGGCCCCCGAACCGCUGCAGGAGAAGCCCGAGUCCCCUCACGUGAGCGGGAGCGAGGCCGAGAGCAUGUGUCUGACUCCUAUGGAGUCCUUCAGUCUCAUUUCUGUCUCCCAGCUGCUCUUCUCACCUCAUCUGCCCCCCAAGUUCUUCUGUCCCAUCGUGAAGGAGAUGUUGUGUUACUACGCCGAGCAGGGUGAUGUGCAGAUGGCCGUGUCUGUGUUGAUCGUGUUGGGCGAACGCAUCCGUAAGGAGAUCGACGAGCUCACGCAGGAACACUGGUACAUGUCGUACAUCGAUCUGCUGCAGCGCUUUGAGCUGUGGAACGUCAGUAAUGAAGUGAUCAAACUGAGCACGUGCGGUGCGAUCACGUGCUUGAAUCAAGCUUCCACCACCUUACACAUCAACUGCAGCAACUGCAAACGACCUAUGAGCAACAAGGGCUGGAUCUGCGACAGGUGUCACCAGUGUGCGAGUGUUUGUGCGGUGUGUCAUCAUGUAGUGAAGGGUUUGUUCGUGUGGUGUCAGGGAUGCAGUCACGGAGGACACCUGGAACACGUGAUGGAUUGGCUGAAGCAGUCGGAUCACUGUCCAGCGGGCUGUGGACACCUGUGUGAAUACACCUGAUCCACAGAUACUCAUGUAUGAACUUCUGAAUCAAGCUGCUACAAACACAGUAUCACUAAAGAUCUGAUAAUACUCAGACAAACACGAGAGGACAGAAAUACUGAAUGUGUGCCAAAACACAAUCAUAUGAUUUCUUUUUAUAAACAAAAUGUGCAGUGCUAUAGGACCUCAAGAUGUGCAUCAAGAACCACUGCCAUAGAAUUAUUAUAUGCCACACAAAUUAACGGUUGUGUUGAAAUCAGAUUUUUUUAUAUAUAAAUCCUGGUUUUUGACAAUCACCUGUGUGCUGCUGUGUGAAUCUUAUUGGUUUGUUCUUUGACACAGUUGUGUGAUAGUUAAUGUGCUGAUCUACACCUGUGCUUACUCAGCUAAACACCUGUGUAGACUUUACACAUCCACUGAAAAUCGUAUUUCAGUCCAGAUUUAAAUGUAAAAUAUUUUACCUGUUUUAAAUCUUAUAAAUAGUAAUUUUCGUCAGAAGUCCAUUUUCAUUCAGAUAAUAAAGUACUUCUAUUUAUUCACUGUAUUUUAAAGUGUGUGUGAUAAAAAUAUAUAAGGGAUAAUCCAUAGCUAGCUGUGCAUUAAAGGAUGUAAAGCAGAGAGUGUGGUUGCCUCCGCGAAGUGCAUUAAAAUCCUUUGAAGCACGUCUAGCCGUGGAUUAUCCUGCUUAUACCAUAGUAAUUUGCCAAGUUAAGGCUGUUAUUAAUAAGUGAAUAAGUGAAAGUGACCUAUUAGUCAGAUAUGGUGACCCAUACCCGAAAUGUGACCUCUGCAUUUAACCCAUCCAGAGAGUAGUGAACACACGUACACCCAGAGCAGUGGGCAGCUAUCACUGCAUCGCCCGGGGAGCAAGUAGGGGUGAGGUGCCUUGCUCAAGGGCACCUCAGUCGUUACCCGCCGGCCCUGGGAAUCGACUGUCCGACUCUCUAACCAUUAGGCCACGACUGCCCCCUGAUGUUUACCAUGUAAUUUUUGAUCAGACAGGUGAAAAUGACAGUUAUUUUCGUCAGUUAAUUUCAAACAUUGAUCAAACUGACUGAAACUACCUGUGCAUUAAAUGGUUUUAAUGCACACCUUCCAGCCAAUCAGAAUCAUGUAGUCAAACAGACUAUGGUAUAAAUUGUAUUAUUGAAUACCAGCACAUGUGUAGUUGUGAUAUUCAUAAAAAAUGUGGUAUAGAUUUAGAGCUUUAUUACAAAACCUGAAUCUAGGUAUAGUAAUUAGAGUACACAUUCCACUGUUUUCAUAAUUUUGCAGUUUUCAGGUCAUUUGAAUAAUCUGUCGCCAUUAACAGUUUGACACGAUCACGCUGAAAAACAUUUAAAACUGAUAUUUGGUAGUAUUUAAAGUGUUAGGGGACUAAAAAAACGGCUGAUCCAAAAACCAAUUGAUUGUAGUUCAAACUCUGAAAAAUAAAAGUAUAAAUCUGUAGUACAGCCUGGUCAUGAGACGGCUUCAUUCAUGAAACAACAGAAGAAUUGUUGUUUCUGAGGUCAUCUUAUGUAAAUUAUUGGGCUAAAGUAAAUGUGACAGUUUACAUAAGAAGAGUUUUAUGAGCAGAUAACACAGAUUUCUUUGUGUUCCAUAAAUGAGGUCCAGCAUAUUUAGAGCGUACAUCAUAUUUAAAAGCUUAAAGCAUCCCAAUUCAAAGAUAGCUUGAGAUUUAUGAAUAAAAUUGACAUAAGAUUUCAGCUUUAAAUAGGCAUAUUGUUCAUCAAAUGCGUUGUCAAAAGG